UUGAGUAGGACAGUGGCCACUCCACGCUACGAGCAGCACACCCGCUGCACUCACGGAUGAGUACCGUGGCUUAGAAACGCGAAUUAACUUUAGUUCCAAUUUCGGCCAUGAAUAUUUUGUUCCGUAAACAUUUUCAUGGAGAACCGGAAAGAAAUUAUGGGAAAGUUAGCGGGAAAGUGGGAAAGGGAUUGCAUGGGAAGAGAAGUCGGGAAUCUGGGUAUACUGUGAUGGAGGAACACCACUACCGUACCCACAUCUUCCUGAGUCCUACAGGCGGUGGAUGCUUUGAGUCUGAACCCAUGAGCCAACGCAGACCCUCCGUGACACUCAUGAAGUGGGCUGUGGGUGGUGUCGGCGGUGGGAACAGGCGGAAGGCAAGUGGACGAUCGGACAAUACCUCGCUUCUGGUGUCUGAGGUGCCUACAACAACUGCCAGCAGGCAAGUGAGCUUCAGUAGCGGAACGCGGCAGAGUAACGUCACAGCACCUGCGGUCCAACGGGAACCUGUUACCCUAGCCACACUCAACAAGGACUGCUUUAUCAUCCCCGUGGCUAGCCUGGACAGGUUCCUUCCCGCUGGAGUUCCGUUGCCUUUGGCAGAAAAGGGACCAAGCUUCCUAAAUGUCCUGGAGGUGGAUGACCCUAAGUUAUGUGUACUGCUGCAUCUAAUGACUCCUAUGGAGCCAAUCGAACCUGUUCUUGAAUCACCCUUGGCCCGUCCACUGACCCAACAGAAGACAGCUGCAAGUGAUUUACUUACUGAAGUGGGGUCAGCAAAGACAGCCAUGGAAGGAAUGUUACUUUCCAACAUGGAAAAGAAUGCACAGUUUCCUUUCAUCUCCUACUAUGUCAUCAAUAAAAGUCAGACAGAUCCAGUGGACUUUUUCCGCAACCUUCAAGCAGCAUCACUGCGCAAAUUUGACCCCCGUAACUUGCGUUACACUGCUGCCCAUACCCUAGAUUUAUUCAAUGAAGUGGCAACUAUAGCAAGGCCACCUCUCGACCCAAGCUCAAAGCGUCCCCAUUCCACAACCACAGGUUACAUCAUUUCCAUAUACAAAGUCUUUGAGGGAGAUGAUGGAGAGAAAUUUGAGAAGAACUGGCUCUACUGGACAGGAGCUAGAAUGCUGUAUCGCUACCUACCCAAAUCAGCAGGCUUGAGACGCAUCACAUUACAUAAGUCCAUCUCAAGUGGUGACAAGAUAUACCUCCUUCUGUGUGAGUGUUCAAACUUCUUGGAAAAUCUGUCAGCUGCUGCAUUACUCCUGCCAGCACUCAGGGCUCGGCUGUGUGGCUACACUGGCCUCUACAGAACCACUGCAUCAUUUUGAAUGAGUGUCCUUAUUCAUGCUUAUGGCUGCUGCUGUAAGAAUGGACAGUGUUCAUGUUCAAGGAAAGCACACCAGGUAUCAAUUUCCAUGAAACAUUUACAGAAAAGAGUAGCAGAAUACAUAAGAUUCAUAAAUUUUAAGGUCCAUACACAUUUAAUUUCCUUCCUUUGAUCCUUUCAACCACUGCCCUUAAUGAUCUUAAUAAAAUAAUGAAAGGAAAAAAACAGCAAUAAUGAAAAUUAAAACGUUUAUUGCCAUUUCCAGUGACACAUUAAACUCAUGACUAUCUCACAUAUGCUUCAGCUGUAUGCAGGAACUAUAACUUUGUAGUUUCACCUGCUCAUCAAAAGAACAGAUCCAGCAGAAGAAGUGUUUAACAAUCAUAAUCAUAUUUUCCACACCUUACAAUAUAUUACACACAGUGCAUUCAGACUGCACAUUUAUUAACUAUUCAUCCUAGUAGAGAAUUACACAAAACAAAAUGGCAGUGAAUGUGUUAAUUAAAGGGAAACUUUAAAAAUUAUCUGUCACAGCUCAUAUUUUCAUUAUCAAAAGUGUUGCGUAAUUUAAUCAUAAAUGUGCUGAUCCACAAUAAAUUUGACACCAUAUUAUCAAAUAGGAAAACUCAAGAUUGUCUCACUUCCACAUUUCCUUGUUAAAUAAGUCGCAAAUUCAAGACUUCUCUUAUGAAAUAUCACUAUUAACUGGAUGUUUACUUUUCAAAUAAGGAGUGGCCAAACAUAAUUUUAUAUAUAUUAUAUAAAUAAGAAGUAUGAGGCAAGAGAGUCUUCUGGGAUGUGACAUCAUACAGUCUGGUGGAUAGCCUACCAACAGUUCUGAUGAACCUUUUAUCUCAUCUUCAGUGUAGAAUAUAAUAAGUCAUGUAAGAAAGAUGGUACAUGAUAUAGGGAAGAAGGGAAGGAACCAGGAAUGCAAGUGAGCCAGUGGGAGAUGGUGACCUAAAAGGUCUGUUGCAUCAAUGGGUAAGCAUGGGCAAGAACUGUGAAGGAAGUGAGGCAGCUCACUCUUCUAUUGAGAUGAUGAAUGCAGCAGGUUCCCCUGAAACACACCGGUAUCUGUCUGCCGAAAUAUAUGGCAUCUCAUCCCACUCACCAUUGUGAGAAUUUCAGAUCUCACAAUUUGAA